ACCUUCAAGGCUUUGAAGCAGAGCCCUUCAGUGCCUCAGUGGGGGACCCGCUGCUGGGCGCUCUCCUGCCCUCCCACUGGGGUGGGGGAGGAUGAAGGAAGGGUAAAAAGGAUGUGGUGUGUUGACAGAGCCUGGGACACCCAGCCCACUCCUCUGGCUGCGCAUCCCACAGGAAGUGGGAGGUAUUGGAGCUGUAGCACCACCUGGGGCUUAUGUGGGUCUAGCGGGUGUGCUGGGCUCUGGUCCAGGAGCUAGGAGCACCUGGGUUCCGGGCCUGGGUGUGUGGGGGCUGGGCCUUCCUCUUCUGAGGCCUCCGUGCGGCCAGAGGAGCUGCUCCUUCAUGUUCAGCGGCUGCUCCCUAGCAACCCAGCGCAGCUUUGCAUAAGCAAUGAGGCCUCUCCAGCUCUGGGCAGGAGGGGUUCCCUGGGGAGGGUGGAGCUGACCUGGGGGCUGCUGCCGCCACUAUAAGUGGUCUCUUCCCCCUGUCCUUCAUGCCUGCCCUUCUCUUCCUCCUGGGUUCAAAUGGCCCGUUGGUGGAGGAUGAGGAAGGAGAGAGGAGAGGUGAGUGCCAAAGACUGUGACCUGAGAUGCCCCCAGCUCACCUGGGAUAAUUCCAUGUUCUCCCCAUAGCCAUGGGCCUAGGACAGUCCCAGCAGCUCCAGAGUGCCCCUUCCCAGGGCCUGAGCCCCUUUUUCAGAAGUCCUGGUAUCUGAUGUAUGUCCUCCUUCUGUCUCCAUCCCCAGUUCUGGCAUAAAGCAUGCUUCCAUUGCGAGACCUGCAAGAUGACACUGAACAUGAAGAACUACAAGGGCUACGAGAAGAAGCCCUACUGCAACGCACACUACCCCAAGCAGUCCUUCACCAUGGUGGCUGACACCCCGGAAAACCUUCGCCUCAAGCAACAGAGUGAGCUCCAGAGUCAGGUGCGCUACAAGGAGGAGUUUGAGAAGAACAAGGGCAAAGGCUUCAGCGUGGUGGCAGACACGCCCGAGCUCCAGAGAAUCAAGAAGACCCAGGACCAGAUCAGUAACAUAAAAUACCAUGAGGAGUUUGAGAAGAGCCGCAUGGGCCCUAGCGGGGGCGAGGGCAUGGAGCCAGAGCGCCGGGAUUCCCAGGAAAGCAGCAGCUACCGGCGGCCCCCGGAGCAGCAGCAGCCUCACCACAUCCCGACCAGUGCCCCGGUUUACCAGCAGCCCCAGCAGCAGCCGGUGGCCCAGUCCUAUGGUGGCUACAAGGAGCCUGCAGCCCCAGUCUCCAUACAGCGCAGCGCCCCAGGUGGUGGCGGGAAGCGGUACCGCGCGGUGUAUGACUACAGCGCCGCCGACGAGGACGAGGUCUCCUUCCAGGACGGUGACACCAUCAUCAACGUGCAGCAGAUCGACGACGGCUGGAUGUACGGGACGGUGGAGCGCACCGGCGACACGGGGAUGCUGCCGGCCAACUACGUGGAGGCCAUCUGAACCUGCAGCGCCCCCAUCUGUCUUCAGCACAUUCCACGGCAUCGCAUCCGUCCUGGGCGUGACCCGUCCAUUCUUCAGUGUCUCUGUUUUUUAAAACCUGCAACAGCUUGUGAUUCCCACCCCUCUUCCAGCUUCUUUUGCCAACUGAAGCCUUCUUCUGCCACUUCCGCGGGCUCCCUCCUCUGGCAGGCUUCCCCCUUGACCGACUUCCUGGUUUUCUCUCUGGAUGGAACGGGCGUGGGCCUCUCUGGGGGAGGGUGAGGCCCGUGGGGCAGGGCUGGAAUGGAAGACCUACCUGUUGGCCUGUGGGCCUCGCCUGGCCCUCUGUUCUCUUCCCUCACGUUCUCCUGCCCAGCUCCUCGCAUACCCACACAUUCCAGGGCUGGGGUGAGCCUGAGACUCCCAGGACCCCAGGGCAGGGGCUUCCUACAUUCUCCAAAGUGGGAUCCACUUCUCGGUUCCUGGGAUGGCGACGGGCGCUCUGCCGUUGUGUAGGGACCAGUGGGAUGGGCUCUACUUCUCUUUCUCAGAGAGGGGGCUCUGCCCACCUGGGGUCUCUCUCCCUACCUCCCUCCUCAGGGGCAACAACAGGAGAACGGGGUUCCUGCUGCGGGGUGCAUUCAUCCCCUCCCCACGCGUUCCUUCGCACACUGUGAUUUUGCCCUCCUGCCCACACAUACCUGCAGCGGGCAAAGAGCUCCCCAGGAAGCACCGCUUGGGUCAGGUUCUUGCCUUUCUUAAUUUUAGGGACGGCUACCGGAAGGAGGGGAACAAGGAGUUCUCUCCUGCAGCCCCUUUCCCCACACCCACCCGGAGUCUCCAGGGACCCUUGCCUGCCUCCUAGGCUGGAAGCCAUGGUCCCGAAGUAUUGGGCAAGGGUGCCUCAGGGCCUUUUGGUCUUCAGCCUCCCUCAGCCCCCAGGAUCUGGGUUAGGUGGCUGCUCCUCCCUGCUCCUCAUGGGAAGAUGUCUCAGAGCCUUCCGUGGCCUCCCCUCCCCAGCCCAGUGCCAAGUGGACUUGGAGCUGCACAAAGCCAGCAAGGACCACUAAACCUCCAAGACCUGGUGUGCGGAGGCAGGAGCAUGUAUGUCUGCAGGUGUCUGACAUGCAAGUGUGUCAGUGUGAAUGUGAGAGAUGGGGCAGGGGUGUCUGUAGGUGUCUCUGGGCCUAUGUGUGGGUGGGGUUAUGUGAGGGUACGAAGAGCCGUCUUCCCCCGAGAGUUUCCUCAGAAGCCACAGUGAGAGGGGAGGGCUCCUGGGGGAGAGAAGUUCCUUAUGUGUUUUUGGAAUGAAGUUCCUCCUUCUCCCCAUCUCUGAGUGGAGGAAGCCCACCAAACUGCACUUUGCAGCAUGCAGGGUGGAAGGUAAGAGGUUAGUGUGGAGUUGGUGGGGCUGCCACAGGGUCUGCAGCCUGCUGGGGCUAAGGGGUAGAGGAAGGCUCUGUCACUCCAGGCAUAUUUUUCCCCAUCUCUGUCUAGGGCUGCAGAAUAGGGUGGCAGAAGUGUCACCCUAUGGGUGUCUCACUCUGGGGGCUCUUUCCCUAGACCUCCCCAUCACUUACAUAAAGCUCCCUUAAAGCAAGAAAGAGGGUCCCAGGGCUGCAAAACUGGAAGCACAGCCUCCGGGAUGGGGAGGGAAAGAUGGUGCUAUAUCCGGUUCCUGCUUUCUGCUCGCAGGUGGCUGUGACAACCCUGGCCUCACUUGAUUUCAUCUCUGGUUUUCUUGCCACCCUCUGGGAGUCCCCAUCCCAUUUUCACCCUGAGCCCAACCAGGCCCCCCCCGCCGUUGACCUCUUGUCCCUUUGCACACUUGUACCCCCAGGUGAGGGGCAGGACCUGAAGGUGUUGGCCUGUUCAACAAUCAGUCAUCAUGGGUGUUUUUGACAAUUGCUUGUUAAUUGAUUUGGGGAUAUUUGCCCCAAAUGAGAGGUUGAGGAAAAGACUGUGGGUGGGGAGGCCCUGCCUGACCCAUCCCGUUUCCUUUCUGGCCCCAGCCUAGGUGGAGGCAAGUGGAAUAUCUUAUAUUGGGCGAUGUGGGGGCUUGGGGAGGCAGAGAAUCUCUUGGGAGUCUUGGGUGGCGCUGGUGCAUUCUGUUUCCUCUUGAUCUCAAAGCACAAUGUGGAUUUAGGGACCAAAGGUUAGGGACACAUCCCCUUAAAGGACCUGAGUUUGGGAGAGUGGUGAGUGGAGGGGAGGAGCAGCAAGAAGCAGCCUGUUGUCACUCAGCUUAAUUCUCCUUCCCAGAUAAGGCAAGCCAGUUAUGGAAUCUUGCUGCAGGCCCUCCCUCUACUCUUCCUGUCCUAAAAAUAGGGGCCAUUUUCUUACACACCCCCAGAGAGAGGAGGGGCUGUCACACUGGUGCUGAGUGACCCGGAGGCUGUUGGGCGUCUGUGUUCCUUACCAGAACCAUUACAUCCCUAGAAGAGCACAGAGCCCUGAGGGGCUGGGCUGUGCUGGGCUGAGCCCCCGGUCUUCUCUACAGUUCACAGAGGUCUUUCAGCUCAUUUAAUCCUAGGAAAGAGGCAUCAAAGCUAGAAUGCGAAUAUAACUUUUGUGGACCAAUACUAAAAAUAACAAGAAGCCCAGUGGUGAGCCAAGUGUGUUCUCCCAACACUGCCUCCUGUUUUCUCCCUCUCAUGUCCCUCCAGGGAAAAUGACUUUAUUGCUUAAUUUCUGCCUUUCCCCCCUCACACAUGCACUUUUGGGCCUUUUUUUAUAGCUGGAAAAAACAAAAUACCACCUUACAAACCUGUAUUUAAAAAGAAACAGAAAUGACCACGUGAAAUUUGCCUCUGUCCAAACAUUUCAUCCGUGUGUGUGUGUAUGUGUGUGCGUGUGUGAAGCCGCCCACUCAUCUUUUUAUAUGGGGUGGUUGUCUCAUUUCAGUCUGUUUUGGUCCCCUCCCUCGUGGGCUUGUGCUCGGGAUCAAAUCUUUCUGGCCUGUUAUGAUUCUGAACAUUUGACUUGAACCACAAGUGAAUCUUUCUCCUGGUGACUCAAAUAAAAGUAUAAUUUUUACCUGCGGA